UUCCUACAUUGCAUUUCCCCGGCAUAUAUAGAGAUCGGAGCACUGCACUUGAAAGUACUGUUGUAACUGACAGGUUUCACUGCACCAUGAUCUUACCCAGCAUUUUGAUAUGUGUAACCUUCAGCAUAAGGUUCACUUAUUCCCUGGAUACGUUUGUUGCAGCGGUCUAUGAACAUGUUCCUUUUUUUCCAGACCCAAGUCAGGCACCUGUAACAAAGGAGGAAGCUUUGGCUCUUAUGAACAGAAAUAUAGAUGUUUUGGAAACAGCAGUAAUAACGGCAGCACAAAAGGGGGCACAUAUCAUAGUCACACCAGAAUAUGCUAUAUGUUGUUUUGGUUUAAGCAGAGAAGCUGUAUUUCCUUAUCUUGAAGAUGUCCCUGACCCUGCCGUCAAUUGGAUUCCAUGCAAUGAUCCCCACAGGUUUGGCCAAGCACCAGUACAGGAAAGACUAAGCUGCAUUGCAAAAAAUAAUUCCAUUUAUUUUGCGGCAAACUUUGGGGACAAAAAAUGUUGUAGUGCUAGUGACUCUCGCUGUCCUCAGGAUGGAUAUUAUUUCUAUGAUACUACUGUUGUGUAUGAUCCUGACGGAAAACUUGUAGCACGUUAUCACAAGUACCAUCUCUUUUUGGGUGAAUCACAGUUUAAUGUUCCAGAAAAACCUGAGAUAAGUACAUUUGAUACACCAUUUGGGAAAUUUGGCAUCUUCAUCUGUUAUGAUAUACUGUACUAUAACCCUGCUGUAAUCCUAGUUACUGAGCACAAUGUGGAUACAAUUAUAUUCACAACGGCCUGGUUUAAUACUCUCCCUCACUACAGUGCUAUUCAAUUUCACUCAUCAUGGGCAUUGGGGAUGAGAUCCAACCUCCUAUCAGCUAAUAUACAUAAUAUUAGUCUGGACAUGACAGGAAGUGGAAUAUUUUCAUCAGAUAAGCUUGGACCAUAUUACUACAACAAUACCGUCGAUGAGGGUCAUUUGGUUUUAUCAGAACUGAAAUCCUGCACAAGAAACAGCACGGAAUGGUCCCCAAUCCAAUGGCACAAGUAUGCAUCUCAGAUUACGAAACCUUUACCAAGCAGAAAAGUGUUCACUGGAGAACUGCUUCUUGAUAAUUAUACCAUGACUGAGCUGACAGAUCUUCAAGGAUAUGCUGCAGUUUGCCACCAUAAUCUCUGUUGUUACCUGAACUAUAGCAUGCUGGAGAAGAGAAAUGAUGAAGUAUAUGUACUUGGUGCUUAUGAUGGCUACCAUGGGCCACAUCAAGUCUUUUAUAUUGAGGUGUGCACACUGGUGAAGUGUACAAACUUAGAGAAUUGUCACAUAGCUACAGACACUGCAUACACCAAAUUUGAAUCAUUUUCUCUAGCUGGUACAUUUGAAUCCACCAUUGUCUAUCCAGAAGUCCUGCUCAGUGGAGUUCAGUUGGAUCCGGAUAUAUUUCAGGUGUUGAAAGAUGGGCGCUUAGUGAGUCAAGCAAAGAUUUCUUCUAGAGCACUUCUCAGUGUCAAUCUUUUGGGGAGAAAUUAUAUAAAAGAUCCAACACAUUUAAAUAUCUCAAUAUUGUCUUAAAAUGUCAAACAAUAUAUCUUGAUUGUUACGUGGAUGCAUACCUUGCUUUAUUAAAGAGGUAUUCUGGUU